UUUCUUCCAGCUGGCAAGUCUCCUCCUUCAGCGAAACGAAAGCUCACCAGAUCCUCCAGCAAAAACCGGCCCAGUAUCUCCGCUUCAACCAGCACCAGCUCUCCCGGAUCUAUCCUUCUUCCUACCGGGUGGAUUCCAGCAAUUACAACCCUCAGCCCUUCUGGAACGCCGGCUGCCAGUUGGUGGCCCUGAACUACCAAUCCGAAGGGAGAAUGCUGCAGCUCAACCGCGCCAAGUUCGGCGCCAACGGCAACUGCGGCUACAUCCUCAAACCCAAGUGCAUGUGUCAAGGGAUCUUCAACCCCAAUUCCGAAGACCCACUUGCCGGCCAGAUGAAAAAGCAACUCGUCUUAAGGAUCAUCAGCGGACAGCAGCUCCCGAAACCUCGCGAUUCCAUGCUUGGAGACCGAGGCGAG